AUGAAAGAACUCCGAAGACUUUUGUGUUCUUCAGCCUUCUAUGAAAACAUCAAGAAACCUCGGUCACAAAGAUACGAAUCUCUCAAGGGGGUCGACCCCACGUUCCUGAGGAACAUGCGCUUUGCCAAGAAGCACAAUAAGAAAGGCCUGAAGAAGAUGCAGGCAAAUAAUGCAAAGGCCAUGAGCGCACAUGCGGAGGCCAUCAAGGCCCUGGUGAAGCCCCAGGUGGUGAAGCCCAAGGUGCCAAAGGGCCCCAGCCGCAAACUCACCCGUCUGGCUUUAAUUGCUCAGCCCAAGCUUGGGAAGUGGAUUAGAAGCUACAUGACCAGGGGUCGUAGGCUCCAAAAAACAAAGCCCAAGGUUCAGGCCAAGGCAGAGGCCUCAGCUGCAGCUCAGGCUCCCAAAGGUGCCCAGGCCCCUGUGAAGGUCCCAUAA